GUUGUUGUUGUUUUUACCAUUUUACAGUUUGUUGUUUGUUUAUCAUAUUUUUUGUUACGCUAAUAAGCGUUAAACGAAUAUUAUUUCCUUAUCCCUAUUUUGGUUAAAAAUCCACUUUUAAAAAUGUUUUCCGUACAACUGGUUGUGGCUACAAACAAUGACUCAUUUUGGUUUGUUUUUUUACAAAUAAAAGAUAUUCCGAUUUUUCUGAAAUUUCAAAAUGUUUUUCUUUUUGCGUCACAUAAUUUUUGUAAAAAGGAUUGCUAUUUUAAACAUUCUCGCUUAAGACAUUCAAAGCGGCAAAGAUGCGAAUGUGAACACAAAGGAGGCAAAUAAACAAUUGGAAACAAUUUGAAAGCUUGCAUUAUAUGAAUAAACGACUCUUGGAAAAGAAAAUAAACACCGCAUAAAGAUCUGUGGUAUCAUUUUCAAAGCAUUAAUAGUAUGGUACUAUUAAAGCAGCAAAAUAUUAGGACAGCCCUUCUUAUUCUAUCAACCACUAUUUACAUGUUGCUAGGAGCCGCUGUGUUUAGUGCGCUUGAGAAUGAGACGCAUCAAGAACAAAAAAAAAACUAUUUUAAAACUUACAAUAGAAUCAAAGAUACGUACAACAUGUCUUUUCAAGAUAUAGAAGAUUUGGCAGAAUAUAUAUACAAGCGAAGAAGCAUAAACUGGGCUUUGGAACCUUGGAGUUACGCCGGCUCCGUAUACUUUACUUCGGUUACUAUAACAACAAUUGGAUAUGGACAUUCAGUGCCGCAAACAGUAAGUGGACAAAUAUUUUGCAUGUUAUAUGCUAUAAUUGGAAUCCCUCUUAAUUUGACAAUGUUUCAAGCAAUAGGUGAACGUAUGGGUGUUUUAAUGACAUCGUUGUUGAGACGCUCAAAAAGAAUUUUAGGAAUUAAAAAUAAAGAUGUAACAUUAAUAGAACUUGUAGCGUUCGGUUUAAUUAUCUGGACUGUAUUUUUAUGUGGAGGAGCUGCCAUGUUUUCCCGUUAUGAACGUUGGGGGUUUUUCCGUUCUAUGUACUAUUUCUUUGUAACUCUGACAACAAUAGGUUUUGGUGACUUUGUUGCUUUGCAAGAUGUAAACAACCCAGGAACAAGAGGUUUUCAGUCAAAAACUCUUUAUAUUACUUCUACUUUAAUAAUGAUAUAUGUUGGGUUAGCUAUCGCCUCGUCUGUAAUAAACUUACUUGUAAUUAGACUCAUGGAGCUUCAGCAGCCAAAACGAAGAAAAAAAAAUUUAUCGUGGAAAAGUGGACCGCGCUGCGACAAAUGUCGAAGCACUAACGGAGGAUGUAAAAGUCAAGAAAACGUUAACUUGAUCGAAAACCAUGCAGUUACUAUUUUAAAUAACUUUGAAGACGAGUUAGUUUUUAGAUCAUACAAACAAUUGCGUAACAAAACUGUUUCCUGAUAUUUUAGGAUUUUGAUAGAAUUACGUGUACAUAUAUUAAGCCGUUUUUAGGCUCUUAAAAUUUUAUAACGCAUUAUACUAUUUAUUAUUAUAUAUACUUGUUUA